GUCCGACUCAGUCACAAAUUGGUCUCCACUGACAAAAAAAUUUAAUUCAACUGGGUAGACCGAACGGGUUGUUUAGUUUUUUCCUACUAUUGGCCAAGUAAUGGAAUGCGCAAGUCUAGUAUUCAUUUAAGAGAAGCCGCCACUCUUCUCUUUCCGUCUACGCCCAAAGGAACCUCAAGCACAAACAUACCGUCAUGUUGCUGGAAUUCACACUUGAGAGCUCUCAUGAACGCUGUCGACAGUUCCUCCUCAACGUCGGCACGCCCACUUACUGGGAAGCAGAUACCCUAUCGACGAGCCCAUGCCCCUCUUCAUCGCUGGACGACAAAACCACCACGAGCCGUCAAAGUACGGUCGCUUUCCACCGCAGCUGCCCUGGAAAAUCCGUCCUAUUCACCACAGCCAUUAGAACGCAUUCGAACGCCACGACCCAUGACCGAACCGCCGCCGUCACUUCACGGUCCUCUCGCCAUCUUCAACUUAUCCAACUCUGUGACCCUCGCCGAUCUCGAAACCGCGAUUCAACUGCAACAAGCCGAAAAAGCAUGGGCUUUAUUCUCGACAUUGACCAGCCGAAACGACGAUAAUGUCAACUACAUACCCCUCGCACUUUGUUCCUCGCUCUAUACACUCUUAAUCUACGCCAAAAAUUUGGCCAGUUUUGCCAAAGCUCCUCAUCCCUUUGAACUUCGUCAAUCCCAGAGUGACCAACUCGUCGAUUAUGUAGAAACCGCUUUUGGCUUGUCCAAAGAUCAGUUUCUCGCCUCGGUCGAGGUGCUUCCCUUGGAACCGCAGGCCUUACUGCAACAUGCCAUUCGCAUCAAAAACCAUCAGCAGGCAUGGUCCUGCUAUCUUCAUAUGGUGCAGGAAAAUUGCGCAGCUGAUAUACCACGGUAUUUGUACCUUCGAUUGAUGAAUCUGUUGCGAGGCGAUGACACUUUAAGUGCCUCGGAGUUGUCCGAUCGGUUAACGUUUGUGGCUCAACAGCACGCCCAUAUCAAGGAUACCAACGGUCGAAGUCUGAGGACAAAUGCGAUUUUGCUGAUUUCCAAGCUGUGCUAUGCCUUGCGCCGCAACGAUCAACAAAUCAUACGGGACGUCAUCGAUACGGCCUUGAAAGUCAAUUACUGUACGUUGGAUGCGUAUGACGAGAUAUUUUGGCAGUUACUUCGUUGUCGACAAACCACGACGGCCUACAAUAUGUUGGAACGGUUGCACCAGGAUGGCAAAGCGCAAAAUGGGCAAGUCUAUACGAAUUUUAUCAACGCCUACCGGAGGCAGAACAAGUACAUGGACGCGGUGGGCAUCUUUCAAAAAAUGCUGGAAAUGGGCGUGAAUCCAGACAUCAAGACGUUCAACGCGUUACUGCAGUUGUCGGCCGAACAGGGCGAUGUCGUGAAAACGGUGCGCAUCUUUGAAUCCAUGAUUGAACACAGCAUUCUACCCGACAUUGCUUCGUAUGCGGAGAUGAUCAAAGCGAAUGCGAAACGAGGUUUCUUCCGAAUAUGUGCGCAGUAUUACGACAUGAUGCAACAGCAGAACAUCCAGCCCAACAUCUAUAUUUAUAACAUUAUAAUACAAGCCUAUGCGGACCGAAGGGAUGUGCACAGUGUCAUUGAAUGGUUCAAACGGAUGCUGGACAACGAUGUGCGACCAAAUGAAUAUGUGAUCAGUUGUGUGUUGAACGCUUUCGCCAAGCGUCAUUGUUAUUCGCAUCGAGACACCUUGGAGGUGGUGGCACGGAUUGUGCAGCAAGCCAUGGGGGCAGGUAUCAAGGCGGACGCAGUACUUUAUUCCAUGCUGCUGAAGAUCCAAGCGGCCUCUAUCGGACCGACCGCGGCGUUCAGUCUCCACAAAGAAAUGAUUGAACGGUGCAUCCAACCCAAUAGUUACACCUAUACAUCCUUGAUUGAUUUGUACGGCCGUCACAAUAUGCCUGAAACCGCCCAGCAGAUUUUCGAUCUCAUGAAGACCAGUACACGGUUCGCUCCCAACACCGUCACGUAUUGUGCUCUCAUAGAAGCGUGGGUUAAAAGCCGGCAUCGUGACAAAGCGUCAAUGCUGAUUCAAGAGUUCAUUCGUCGAAGCAAAUCAGACAAGUCCGGACGUCUCUGGAUCGAUGCCGCUCUACUCGAAUAUAUCCGUUCAUUUGCAUAAUCUCCUUUUUGUUUAUUUGUUCUUACACAAGUCUACUAUAAACAGCAUACGCAUUUUGAACUCUCUCUCGAUUCAAAUCUUUUUGUCUCAUAUAUACCCUAAAAAUCUGUCGGUUUGUACUGAAUCGUAAUUUGUUCACCCUCUGUCCACUUGUACAGCUUUAAUCUCUGCUGGUAGAACUGGUUGCUGAUUUCCUUAGGUUGGGUUGACUGUUUUUGUUUUCCAUCCUAUCCACUCUUUUAUCUAUCAACCCGACAUCCAAUGACGACGAGCGGGCGUCCGGACAGAAAAGGAACCCGUGGCUUCAUCUUGUAACAUAUCAAAU